AUUGCCAAACUGCAUGCUUCAAAAAUACAAAAAAGAUUCUUUUAACCAAGACAAGAAGCUAAGCAGAAAUCGUGUCAAUCGAUUUGAGUUUGCAUCUGGAAGAAUUUGAGACCAAACAGACCUCUUUUUCUAUACAAAAUUACCCAAAUAGCCACUUCACUUCACUGCACCACCACAUAAAUACACUCUCAAAACCCGCUUCUUUUCUUCUCUAUCCCUCUCCUCUUUCGGUUACUAACCGAAAGACGUUGCUUUUUUGAUUACCCACAUCAGAAGUCUGCAAAUUUUUCUAUUUUAGUUUCUGGGAAGAACGAAAUUUUCCUGGGAAACAAACAGGGAGGAAUGCAGGGGGAGGAACCGCUUGAGGACGAUUUGCGCUGCAAGCGCACUGAUGGUCGCCAAUGGCGGUGUAAUCGGCGGGUUAUGGAUGGGAAGAAGCUUUGCGAGCUUCAUCACUUGCAAGGCCGACAUAGACAGGUUAGAGAAAAGGUGCCGGAGUCUCUGAAGAUGGUGAGGAAAAAUAGGAGAAUGCCGAAUGUGGAGUCUGUGGGUGAGAUCAAUGGUGAAACUAGGGCACAGAGAGCGAGUAGUAGGCUGGUGAGAUUGGCGAAGUCGGUGAAACGCAAGCGAGUGAUUGGGGAAUCUGAGGCGCUGGAUGAGGCAGUAAGGAAGAUGAAGCUGAAGAGAGGGGAUUUGCAGUUGGAGUUAAUAAGGAUGGUGUUGAAGAGAGAAGUAGAGAAGAGAAAAAAGCUCAAGGGAAAGAAAAAGAAGAAGAAGAAGAAGCAGAGUAACAGCAAUGAGGAUGGUGAUGGCUGUGAGGAAGAGUUAACAAGAGUCUUGCCUAAUGGAGUAAUGGCAAUUUCUUCUUCAUCUCCACAUUUUGGCAAUGCAGGUUCUUCUUGUGACAUCAAAAUUGGGGCUGAACCAGUUGCAGUAAGAAGGAGAUGUUUUAGGUCUAAAAACAUUGAGCCAUCCCCUGUUGGCACAUUGCAGGUGGUGCCUUUCAAGGGCAAUGCGAUGGGUUUGAAGAGAGGGAAGAAGAGAUGCCAUUGGUGUGGAAAGAAAAGCUUUAAAAAUUUGAUCAGCUGUUCAAACUGUGGACAACACUUCUUUUGCAUCGACUGCACGAAAGAACAGCAUUUCCAUACACAAGAAGAAAUCAAAAUCACAUGUCCGGUAUGUCGUGGAACUUGUGGCUGCAAGUCCUGCACUGUCAUUAAAUGUGGAGGCACAGAAAACAAGAACCUUCUAGGGGACAAAAGUAAAGUCGAUCGAGUUUUACAUCUUCAUUAUUUAAUUUGCAUGCUUCUUCCUGUGCUGAAACAAAUAAACCAAGACCGCAGUGUAGAGCUAGAAAUGGAGGCAAAAAUAAAAGGUCAAAAACCCUGCAAAGGUCAGAUCUUGACAGUUGAAUUUAGAUGCAAUAAGCAACACUGCUGCAGUAACUGCAAGACUUCCAUAUUGGAUUUGCAUAGAAGUUGCCAAAAUUGUUCCUAUAAUUUGUGUUUAAGUUGUUGCCGGGAUAUUUUUCAAAAGAGCUUAUGUGGAAUUACGGGGGCACUUGACUGCAAAAGCCCAAAUAGAAGGAAUGGUUGUAGGCCAAUGCUACUGUGCUUAGAGAAGCAAUCUAUGAGCACAUCCAAUCAUGGCCAGGAAAGUACAUAUGUUUCUUCUUCUGCAUCACUAACUAGUUUAAGAGUUCCUGAUGGUGAUGCUAGUAUAUCAUGCCCUCCAAAGGAAUUUGGUGGUUGUGGUGAUGGGCUCCUCGCUUUGGGAUGUGUUUUCCCCUCAAGUUGGACUGAAAAACUAGAAAUAAGUGCUGAGGAAAUAGUUGGAAGCUAUGAAUUGCCAGAAGCAUUAGAUACUUCCUCAUCCUGCUCGCUAUGUUUUGGAAUGGAUAAUGAAGCUGAUGGGAUCAAGCAGUUAAGAGAAGCAGCAAACAGAGAAAAUUCAAAUGAUAACUUUUUGUAUUAUCCUACAAUUCUUGAUAUGCGAAAUGAUAAUGUGGAACAUUUCCAGAAGCACUGGAGUCAAGGUCAUCCUGUAAUAGUUCAAAAUGUGCUUCGGUGCUCCCCAAAUCUGAGCUGGGAUCCAAUAACUAUGUUUUGUACCUAUCUUAAGAACAAUGCCAAAUCUCAAAAUGAUGAAACACAUAAAGCAGACAGUUGCCUGGACUGGUUUGAGGUGGAAAUUGGUAUUAACCAAUUAUUUUUGGGGUCUUUGAGAGGGCAUACUGAAACUAAUAUGUGCCACGAGAAGCUGAAACUGAAGGGUUGGAUUUCUUCUCGUUUAUUUCAAGAACAGUUUCCAGCUCAUUAUGCUGAAAUAAUUAAUGCUCUACCACUUCCGGAUUACAUGGACCCAAAAUCUGGCCUGUUAAAUAUUGCAGCUAGAUUACCUGAGGAAAUUCCAAAGCCUGACUUAGGUCCAUGGAUAUAUAUCUCAUAUGUUAGCGGUGAUGAACUUGUGCAGGCAGAUUCUGUGACAAAAUUGUCUUUUUACUUUUUUGAUAUGGUUAACAUUUUGGCACAUACAACAGAUGCUCCUGCAUCCACAAGGCAGAUAUGUAAUAUACGGAAAUUAAUGGAGGAGAAAAAGGCUCAUGCUCAGGAGUAUACCAAGAUUGCUCCUGGCCAGGAAAUGACUAACCAAGUGAAAAGAAGUUCAGUGUCGAAUGGUGAAGGGGAAAACAUAGAAUUGCAUAAUAUGGUACGAAACGAAAUGAACACAUGGGACAUGGUCACGGGAGCAUCUCAUUUACUUGCUGCCACAAAUGGAGCAUGUGAACUAAAUCACAAAGAUAGAGAUGCUCCCCAUAUGAGAGAAAGUGAAUCCGAGACUGAUACUGAUUAUGAUUCUGAAGCCUCAGGACCUAGUCCUCGGACUAUUCAGCACUCAAAAAGAUCAGAAGACAAGGAGUUUUAUUUGCAUCGCACAGCUUCCAGCAAUAUCAGACAGGAAAACUUGGCUGAGUCUUGUGGUGCCCAAUGGGAUGUCUUCCGCAGACAAGAUGUUCCAAAGCUUUUAGAGUAUCUCAGAAAGCAUUCUUAUGAAUUCAGUCAUUCAUAUGGCUUUCAAAAGCAUGUGGUUCACCCAAUUCUCGAUAAGAAUUUCUUUCUUGAUACGACACACAAAAUGAAGCUUAAGGAGGAGUUUGAAAUUGAGCCCUGGACUUUUGAGCAACAUGUUGGAGAAGCAGUCAUCAUUCCGGCUGGGUGUCCAUACCAGAUAAGGAAACUAAAGUCCUGCGUUAACAUAGUUUUGGACUUUGCCUCACCUGAAAAUGCUACCGAGUGCAUCCAAUUAACUGAUGAACUCCGUUUGCUUCCGGAAGACCACAGAGCCAAAUCGGAUAAAUUUCAGGUUAAGAAAAUGGCUCUACAUAACAUUGAUGCGGCAAUCAAGGAAAUUCGGGAACUUACACGUGCAGACUAAAGUACCUACGUAUUAUUGGCAUCUAAUUUGUCUAGCUCCACAGUGACACCAUCAAGCAAUAGAAAAUAUUAACUUUCUUGAUGUAAUUGCGCUGUUUUUAGAGACGGGUGCCUCUAACAUAGGAACUCUAUUUGUUAGUGGUGCCGCAAAAAUCUAACUUUAUUUUCCUUGGUAUUUGGAACAAUUAUCCAAGACGAGAAAACCUCAUGUAUAUAAAUUGGCCAAGAGGAAAGAUAAAGAGAAUGUAUACGUUGCGUUGCAAUUCCA